AUGUCGCAAAUUAAACGUUACCACUUGGACAUACGUGCCGAGGACGGGGCAGCCCGGGUGAGGUUUCGCACGCGCACCCCUUCGACGGACCGAUACGCGAACGAGCACUCGUUUCGCGCCAUUCGCCUCGCGUUUUGGCGGGAAAACGCAUCCUUGGAGACAUGUGACGAUGCUGCAGCAUUAUCACCGAUCACUUUGCUGGUUACACCAUUUGUGAUAGAGAUUGUUCUCGAUUGUGAUUAUGGUUUGUGGGUAGUUUACUAUGUAAUGUCUAGAGCAGUUCACGUGUUACGUAAGAUUGGUCGGUGCGGCGUGUGCCUGCGGUCGGACACGCUACGCCGUGGGGGCUUUGAGGGCGCUAGUGUGCGCCCAUUGCGCCCCUCGCCGCCCGGCAAUAGGGGCAGUGGGCCCCUCGGCGGUGCCGGGCCGUUCUGUUGUGUU